AUGGCCGAUAAUGGAAGAAGCAAGCUCAUUGGACGAAAGGCCGUCUUGGCAGCGCUUGGCAUACUAGCAGUAACAAGCAACUCAUCCCACGUCUUCCGCCCGGCCCCUCAUGAAGGCCAGGUUGAUCAACAGAUCAAUUUAAGCUUAUCGGUCGAAGCCGGCGCCCGACCGUAUCACGACGAGCAUAUUGUCCCCCUCAGCCUGAUCGCUUCAUGCAAGGAGAGAAGCUCUGCCGGGCCACAGGACAAAACGGAGAAGGUAGCAGAUAUCGAACCCCGCGGUUUCCACGGGUGCUUUUUUGGAAACCCCGACUCAACCUCAGCUGCAACUGAGUCUUGGUAUCAGCCAGAUGAGGAAGGCUUGUCAUUGGGCUUCCUGUUAGGGCAUCGUUCCAAGCCGAUUCAGCUCGCUGCAACUCUCACAACUCCUAUCCAAGUCGCCUGUUCGCUCCCCGGUCCCCGGCUCACUCUUGUCAAUAUGCACUUCAACCUCGCUCUCGUCGCGGCUCUUGCCGCCUCCGUUUCUGCCGCGGUCACCCCCGCCGUUAGAUUCGGCUGUGCCACCGAGGAGCCGUCCGCCGAGCACAUCGAGAUCUCCAAGAAGCUUGCUGAGGAGGAGGCCGCCAAUAACGGUACUGUCAGCCUGGCUGCUCUGGCCACCAUCACCGUUCCUACCUACUUCCACAUCGUGGCUUCCUCCCAGACUGUGGCCAAUGGAUACAUCACCGACAAGAUGGUCACCGACCAGUUGGCCGUGAUGAACUCCAACUUCGCCCCCCACGGCAUCCAGUUCAACCUGGUCGAGACUACUCGUACCAUUAACUCCGCCUGGGCCGGCUACAGCAGCCAGACCGCCAUGAAGACUGCACUCCGCAAGGGUGACUACGGCAGUCUCAACCUGUACUUCCUCAAGAGCGUCGGAGGUGCUUUCGGAAUCUGCACGUUCCCCACCACCGCCUCCCCCGGCUCCUCCGCUUUCAUCGCCGACGGCUGCACCAUCCUGUCGUCCACCGUUCCCGGCGGAAGCGAGACCAACUUCAACCUCGGAAAGACUGCCACCCACGAGAUUGGUCACUGGUUCGGUCUGUACCACACCUUCCAGGGCGGUUGCAACGGUGGAGACUCCGUUGCCGAUACCCCUGCCCAGGCUAGCUCUUCUUCCGGAUGCCCUGUCGGCCGUGACUCUUGCCCCAGCAUCGCCGGCCUCGAUCCCAUCCACAACUACAUGGACUACUCCUACGACUCUUGCUACGAGGAGUUCACCGCUGGCCAGCAGACCCGCAUGCUGAGCUUCUGGAACAACUACCGCGCCUAA